UACAUCUCUGGGUGGGGCCCUGGUGGACAAAAGGUGAACACUGCUCAGAAUGCUGUUCAAUUACGUCAUAUUCCUACGGGUCUCGUUGUGAAGGUGGAUCAUAUCAAAACUUUCUCACUGACAACUUACAUAAAACGCGCUUUUCAGGUUCACGAAUCGCGUCUUUUACCGAAGAACAUCGACAUAGCCUUUGAGAGGCUUAAAUUCGCACUAGAUCGACAUUUAAAUGGAGAAAAUUGCUACGAAGAGCAGUACAAGCGAUUGCAGCGGGAAAAAGAAUUAAAAGCCAAGAGGAGACGGGAAGUUCAGCGGAAUUUGCGCAAGGAGUUCGAGGAGGACGCUAAAGACUAG